GCCAUGGUGCUCGGCGGGCCGGCGGCGUCUGCAGCCCAGGCCUGGCCGCUAUCUUUAGAUCCUCGGGCCGCCCCCGGCAGCCGGCGCUCCUUAUAUGGCUGGGAGAAGGGGCGCUAGGGAGGGACGAGGCGCGGCAGCCCAGGAUCUGCACGAGGAGGGGGCCGGGGGGGCUCGGCCCGGCAGCUGCAGCGCCCGUGGGCUCCGGAUUCCUCGGGGGCGAGGGAACGAGUCCCCCCGGCCUCCUGCGCGGCUUCUCCAGGGCUGAGUCUCCGAGCCCAAUUCACAGCAGCCGCGCAACCACAGACGAUUGGCCAGAACGUAGGCUCGGCGGACUCGCCCCCUCCGGACGUCACCCCGGAAGUCCCGCCCAGGCUUCCGGGCCGCCCGCUGUUGCCAUGGCAGCGAGGGGUGCGGCGGCGCUUCCGGGAAGAUGGCUGCCGUGCGAGCUGCCGCGGAGACAGUGACAGCGGCGGCGGCGACCGCUGGGUCCAAGGCGAAGGACGCAGAGGAGGAAGAAGAGGAGUCGCCGCCGCCGUGCGAGGCGGUGCGCUGGGCCCCGGUAGGGGCGGUGGCCGAGGCCGGGCCGGGGGCGGUCGCGUUCUCCGAGGCGGCCGAGGAGCCCGCUGCAGCGAGCAGCAGCAGCGGGAGCGCCUGGAAAGCCAGCGGGAGAGGCAGAAGGAGCUGAUCCUGCAGCUCAAGAGCCAGCUUGAUGACCUGGAGACGUUCGCCUACCAGGAGGGCAGCUAUGACUCCCUGCCACAGUCCGUCGUCCUGGAGAGACAGCGAGUGAUCAUAGACGAGCUGAUAAAGAAACUGGACAUGAACCUGAGCGAGGACCUCGGCUCGCUGUCCACUGAGGAGCUGCGGCAGCGCGUGGACGCGGCCGUGACGCAGAUCGUGAGCCCGGCCCGCGUGAAGGAGCAGCUGGUGGAGCAGCUGAAGACCCAGAUCCACGACCUGGAGAUGUUCAUCAGCUUCAUCCAAGAUGAAGCAGGAAGCCCCUUGCAGACCGGCAGCAGACCCUGCGUGUGCGAGGCCAGCGGGAGGGCAGCAGGCGGCUGCGGCGGGCCGGGCAGCGGCCGGGGCUCCCCGGGAAGCAGCUCAGCGAAGGCCCAUGGCGUGAAGCACGCCCAGGAGUCGGGGCUGCACCUGACGCGCCGGCUGCUGGCCGUGCUGCAGAUCUUCGCCGUGAGCCAGUUCGGCUGCGCCACAGGACAGAUCCCGCCCAGCCUGUGGCAGAGGGGCCAGGCCGACAGGGACUACGCCCCCUUGCUGAAGCGGCUGGAGGCGUCGGUGGACAGGGUGAAGCAGCUGGCCCUGCACCAGCAGCCACAGGACCACACGGUCGCCUGCGGCCUCCAGGACACAUCUCCGGGGGCCAGGGACGAGCUGACCACGGUGGUGCGGAAGGAGCUAACAGUGGCUGUGCGGGACCUGCUGGCCCACGGGCUGCACGCCGCAUCCCCCGGGGCGAGCCUGGUCCUGGCGCCGCUGGCCUGCCUGCUGCCAGCCUUGUCCUCAGGCCCCCAGGCCAUGCACCCCUGGGAGCUCUUCGUGAAGUACUACCAUGCCAAGAACGGCCGUGCCUACGUGGAGUCCCCUGCCCGCAAGCUGUCCCAGGCCUUCGCCCUGCCCCUGGGUGGUGGUGCCACGGUGACCCCUAAGCAGAGUCUGCUGAGCGCCAUCCACCUGGUGCUGACUGAGCAUGACCCCUUCAAGCGCAGCGCAGACUCCGAGCUGAAGGCGCUGGUGUGUAUGGCGCUCAACGAGCAGCGCCUGGUGUCCUGGGUGAACCUCAUCUGCAAGUCGGGGACCCUCAUCGAGCCGCACUACCAGCCCUGGAGCUACAUGGCCCACACGGGCUUUGAGAGCGCCCUCACCCUGCUCAGCCGCCUCAGCAGCCUCCAGUUCCGCCUCCCCGUGGACCUGGCCGUGCGCCAGCUCAAGAACAUCAAGGAUGCCUUCUGAGGACGGGAGACGGGUGGGACCCGCGUGGUGACACGGUGUCCGCGGCCCUCCCCCUCGGCGCCCCCACGGUUCAGGCCCUCCUGCUGGGAGGGGGCGGAGCUCCUCCGCACAGCACCUGGGUUCCCGGGUUCCAAGAACGACACAGCCUCUGCCCCGGCGUGUGCCCGUGGUACUGAGCCUGCGUCUCAGGAAUCAGUGGCAGGCACAGCUCGUGCCAAGCCCGGCACCCACGCCUGGUGUUUAGAGCCGCGGGUCUUUGGGGCAGUCACAGAGGACUGAGCUGCUGCUCCUGAGGCCGGAGGUGCCUGUCGGUGGUGCUGGGGCUCCCCUCAUCUGAACCGCCCAGGAGCCCGGGCCGGAGCAGAAAGUCCUGGCUGAGCGCUGCUUCCCCACCCCGCUCCAGUGCCAGCCAGACCCCGCCCUCGCUGCCUGCAGAACCAGGGGCGCGGGGGAGCUGUGUUUCCAUAGGGGAUGGUGGAGUGGGAUAAGGGAGCCCGCGGUGCAGUGGGAAGAGAGCCAGUGUCUGACCCCGGGUCCUCCGCGCUCCCCAGACAGGAAGUGAGGAGACCCCAGACCGCUUCCCAGUCGAGCCCUCAGCACUCAAGUGUCUGCCUCCUGUGCCGCGCUGUGCGUCCCAGGCAGCGACCGCCGGGCACUGCUUGUCCUGGAGCUGGACGGAGGCGCAGGUCUGAUGGCCUGGUCGGUCCUGCAGUGGGGACAGGAACUGCGGCAGGUCCCCGUGGACACUGGCUGCAGAGCGCCCGUGGGCCCUCACCUGUGAGUCCUCACGGUCACUCAGCUCACACGGGCCCGGCUCCGCUUGGUUUGUGCACUUUGAUGUAUAUUUUAAUUUAAAUUGUAAUCAGCAACAUGUUACUUAUUUAAGCUGCAUUAUUGCUGUUUCAUUAGACUUGGUCCCAUGUCCCUGUAAACAGGGCAGGUGUAGGGGGUCAGGGAUGUCACUGGGGGCAGCGUGCUCGCCUGGUCCAGUCCCCAGCACCACAAACUCGUAAGUGUGAAGUGUGACAACGAUGCGUUUGUGAUUGCCAAUAAAGUCACGGUAUUUUGUGUA